CAAUACAAAACUGUUAACGCGAAGAACACUCCGGAUGAACUCGAGAAAUCGAGUAGCUGGGUCGCAGAUAACAUCCGGAUUAAAGGAUGAAAUAAUUCGAACGAGUGACCCUUCCGAAGGAUCGCAGGAGCUCUUGGAAUCCCCUUGGGCGAUCGUCUCUCGUUUCCCCUCAACCUUCAUAAUGGCUACGGUCUGACUCUACGCGAAACAUUUUUUCUGGCACGUUUUUCCGAAUUCCCUUCCACCCCUCCGGGUACAAGCUGGACUGGAAGGCCCAAAAUUGCUAGUGCUCCCAGCUUAUUCAAAUGAAUCCUCGCCCCGGGGCCGAGGCGACGGGGUCGGCCAGCUGAGACUCCCAGGAGGAUUCCACUCGCGAGAGUUCGCCGCGAAAGAAAGAAAGAGAGAGAGAGCGCGAGGCGCCAGUCGCGAGCUAGACAAGGACGACUGGACCUCGGCGGCGCGCUCGUCGUCGAGCGGCCGGUCUGAACCAUCGCCACGGAACCGAGGGAGGAAAUCCCCCAGGAAAGAGGGUCUCCUGACUCGAGGGAAGCCACUGGGUUCUCCAAUGAAGAGCCCCUGGCAUGGCCUCGCGACUCAGCCCCCGAAAUUCGGAGGUGAACGCGCUUGAACAGCGGGGAUACCUCAUCGGCAAGAAAAUCGGACAGGGGUCGUACGCGACGGUCCACCUGGCUGAGUACGUGGACGGGACCAGCCCGAAGAAGAUGCGCUUGGCGUGCAAGAUCUUCGACAAGGAGAAGGCGCCUCCCGACUUCUUGGACAAGUUUUUCCCCCGGGAGCUCGAGAUCCUGACGAAAAUCGAGAAUCCGCACAUCAUUCAGGUGCACAGCAUCCUGCAACGCGGCCCACGGGUCUUCAUCUUCAUGCGGUACGCGGACAACGGGGACCUCCUGGACUUCGUCAAGCUCAACGGGGUCGUCCCCGAACAGCAGUCCAAGCUCUGGUUCCGGCAAAUGGCGUCCGGCCUCCACUAUUUGCACGGGAAGAACAUCGCUCAUCGGGACCUUAAGUGCGAGAACAUCCUCCUCUCGAGGAAGUUCAACGUCAAGCUCGCCGAUUUCGGGUUCGCCAGGUUCUGCGUGGACCACGAAGGACGCAGGGUCCUCAGCCAGACUUAUUGCGGAUCCGCGGCGUACGCAGCCCCCGAGGUCGUCUCCGGGACACCCUACAACCCCAAACUUGCGGAUGUAUGGUCCCUUGGGAUCAUUCUCUUCAUCAUGCUCAACGCGUCCAUGCCCUUCGACGACGCCAACCUCAGGAAGCUACUCAAGAACCAGAUGUCCAAGAACUGGGUAUUCCGCUCGCGCGUCAGGGAGACCAUCUCCACCCCUGCGAAGAACAUCGUUAAACUCAUCCUCGAGCCCGACAUCACCCUCAGGCUCACCCUGGAGAGGGUCCUCACCCACGAGUGGGUACGCCCCAGGAAGGACAAGACCGGGUCCAUGGUCGGCAGACUCGUCCAUUCCGCACCCCCCAUACACCCACAGAUAAGCGGUGGUGGAGUAAUGGGUGGAGCGGGACCAACGGGAACCGGAAAUCCACCCGCGGCGUCCAGGGCGGGGAUGACGUCCUUCAAAGCCGUAGAGAAUCAAGGACAUGUCGGGAACGGAAGAAGCGCGGAUGGCUCCGGAAAAGAAUCUUCCCCCCAGCCGACGAUCACUGUCGAAUGACUCUAAUGACUAGGUCUGAAGUCCCAACCGAGAGUCCACGUAAACGAUCCCGGUAGAACCAGAGCCACCUGAAAAGCUAGUCACGGAAACCCCCCAUUUUUUGGAACCAUUUUCUCUUUGCUACAAAUAAUAAUUAUUAUCGCAUCUACAAAGAAACAUAUGGUUUUAUCUCUUCCAUCGGCAGGUCUUAGAAUAAACGAAUCGCAGUCGUUGAGGGAGGUGGAAAAUAAAAAAUG